UGACAUAACCUAUAGACUUUGAGACUGCAGAGGAGAACACAUAACUCUUUUAUAGUCAGGUUGAUCUUACACAAUUCUAGUCAAAACCUGUAUGUCGUUGUUGAACGCAUAGAGGUCCUCUCUGUCUCUAUCUACUCCGCUACAAUGGUGUCUGGGAGGUUGUUGAUGUCCAUGGCCCUCCUCAUUCUCUGUGGGUGUCAGGGCACACACAGUGGUAAUGUGCUGGUCUUUCCUGGGGAGUUCAGUCACUGGCUCAACAUGCGUGUGAUCCUGGAAGAACUAGUGGAGCGAAACCAUAGUGUCACAGUGCUUGUUUGCUCUGCCUCACCUUCAGUCAACUAUACCAAACCAGAGAGUUUCAGCUUCAAGGUGUAUAAUGUUCCUUUUGAGAGACAUGAUUUGGAGUCUCUCCAGGAGGACUUCCUAAACUUCUGGAUAUACGAGGCUCAGAACGCCUCAAUGUUGCAGGUGGGCCUGAAGAUCCGGGAGGUGUUGGGAAGUAUGACAGCUCUACAUCUCAACAUGUGUGAUGCCAUGUUCCACAACAAAGAGCUUAUGGACACACUGAGACAGUGGAAGUUUGACACAGUCCUUUCUGAUCCAAUGAUGCCAUGCAGUGACUUAAUGGCAGAUGCUCUUAACGUGCCUUUCAUUAUCUCGCUGAGGUUUACAUUUGGCAUGACUAUGGAGAGGCACUGCGGGCAGAUACCAGCGCCCCCCUCUUUUGUUCCUGCCCCCCCUUUGACGUACACAGACCAAAUGAGUUUUUUUGAGCGGGUUCACAAUUUUGUUACGUACAUGAUACAUUCUACUUUUUUCUCUAUACACUGCCUACAGACCAUUGAUAAGUACUACAGUGGGAUCAAGGGCAGACCUACAACUUUAUGCGAGAUCUUGGGGAAGGCAGAUAUCUGGUUGAUACGGACCUACUGGGACUUUGAGUAUCCUCGACCUUUCCUUCCCAACUUUAAAUUUGUGGGAGGCCUUCACUGCAAACCUGCAAAACACCUUUCAAAAGCCAUGGAGGACUUUGUGCAGAGUUCAGGAGAUGAUGGAAUCGUGGUGUUUUCCCUGGGAUCUAUGAUCAAGAACCUCACUAAAGAGAGAGGAAACACAAUAGCCACUGCAUUGGGACAAAUACCACAGAAGGUGCUGUGGAGAUACGGUGGGGAGAAACCAGAGACUCUCGCCCCCAACACAAGAGUUUAUGAAUGGAUUCCACAAAAUGAUUUACUUGGUCAUCCAAAGACCAAAGCCUUCGUCACCCACGGUGGGACUAACGGACUAUAUGAAUCCAUUUACCAUGGAGUCCCAAUGGUGGGCAUCCCCUUGUUCGCUGACCAGCCAGACAAUAUCAUCCACAUGAAAAACAAGGGAGCUGCUGUAAUGGUGGACUUCAACACGAUGACAUCCAAAGACCUUGUGGAUGGCCUCAACAGUGUGAUCAAUGAUCCAUCGUAUAAAGCAAGCAUGAUGAGGCUGUCAAGAAUCCACCACGACCAACCAAUGAAACCCUUGGAUACAGCUGUGUUCUGGAUCGAGUUUGUGAUGCGUAACAAAGGGGCUAAGCACUUGAGGGUGGAGGCCCAUAACCUGAGCUGGUACCAGUACCACUGUCUAGAUGUGGCAGCUGCUCUGCUCACCAUAGUGGCACUUGUCAUAGUUGUAUCCAUUAAAACAUGCAUUUUCUGCUUCCGCAAGUGCUGCAAGAAAACUAAAUCCAGACAGAAGACAGAGUGACCCCUUGAAAUAAUGUGAAAGGGUCAUUCCACCAAAUUAGUACCUUGUUGGGUAGUGUAACUUCGUGAAAAAUAAAUGUUUUAUUUCUCCUCAUUUUAACAUUCUGUCACAAAUAUGCAUGUUGAACUUUAAUUGAAAAAAUGUUUUGCCCAUCAAGGUUAAAUGAAAAAAAUACUAUGGUAAGUGCCUAUUAUUAAUAGCCGAGUUGACUGUAACAGGGUUGAUGAUGUCGUCUUAAAUCUGCCAUAAAUCCCGUUGCGACGGGUAAUCCAAGCUUGUUGUGUGCAACAGGGAGAACCGAAGACAGAAGAUAAGAGUGACCACCUGGAAUAAUGUUCAUGUCAGGUAUUAUUGCAGUGAAAGAAUCAUGUGCACGUUUGUGAAGUCUUAAAUACUAUUUGGAUGCAUUCACAUGCUUUGAACUUGUUGAGAAACACUGAUUGGCUAAUAGCCUACAAACUGUGUCAACUAUAAACCAAAAGCACAGCUAUCAUGCUUGUAAACCAAUCGUAGUGUUCCAAAUCAAUAUGAAUAGAUUGUUCUUUAUAAAUAAUGGUUUGUUGUUACAUUUAACUGCUGAAAAUGCUGUUAUGGAGGGAAUUUACUUAGUACACGUGUCAAUUCCACAGAGGGCCGAGUGUCUGCAGGUUUUCACUCCUCUCUUGUACUUGAUUGAUGAAUUAAGUUCACUAAUUAGUAAAGAACUCCCCUCA